AUGGAAAUAUUAAAAAAAUCUGUGUUGCUGUUUCUGUUUCUUUAUUUAGCUGAAGCGUUAAAAAUAAAGAAACAAAACCAAACAACACCCAUAGUUAAUCCGAAAAUAGAUAAAUUUAUUGAAGACGAUAUGGAAAUAAAAUUGAAUUUAAAUAAUCAUAAUAAUGAUGAAGAUUUAAGAGAGCAAUUAGAAAAGAAAAUAGUAAAAGAAAAUUCCACAGUCACAAAUCUUGAUUUGACGAAAAAACUAAAUAAAUCAGUAACUCCUAGGAAUUCAGUAGACAAAAGCGCUUCACAAGCUAUAUACCUCCCGAUAGAUUUGCUCUUAAAACAUCCAAAAUUAAAUGGAACUAAUAACACUAAUUCGAACUCAAAAAGUCGACGGAAUCUGACAAACACCAACAAUCCUAUUGUAAACUACUUAAAGCCCAAAAUAGAUUUUUGUGAAGAUACAAUGGAAGCUGUAGAUGAAAGCAUAGCUGACUUUUAUAGUGCUAUUAAAACGAAUAAUAGAACAAAUGAAACUUUUGUAAAACUCGGCGACUUUAAAGUUGUAGAUGAUUAUGUAAAUAUAAAAAUGAGUAGUCCAGAAAGUUCAGAAGUUACUAAUAUUGAUGCGCGGAAUUCUUUACCCGAUACCAGUAGUGAUCAAAAUAUGAAUUCUUCAGCAAAUGUUGAAACGCAAAGAAAUUUGAUAAAAACACCAACUACAACUAUAGAAAUUGUAAUAAAAUGCGAACCAUCCACUCCAAAUGAAGCGUUACGUUCUAAUUCAUCCAUUGUUAUUCACAAUACAACCUACCAAGAAAUAACACAACCUGCCUUUUGUCCCAUUCCGUACACAUAUAGCUAUACGCCUCGUUGGCCUUAUAGAUCGUGGUACGGAACGUACCCUUACAAUUUCUAUAAAUAUCCAUACACAAAACAAAUUGGCCAGUGUAAUUUUUAUAGUACUCAAUAUUCUAUGCCAUACUCAGCUCCAAAUAUUGUGAGGAAAACUUGGAACAACGUGGAUUUAAGUAUAACAAAUCCUAAUUAUAUGACAUUUAAUAGUGAAGAAACUAAAGAUUCUACUAUGCCCGAAUAUGAUGAUAAUAUGUAUGAAAUUUAUGAUCAAAAUGUUAUUUAA